AUGCAACUGUGCAUUAUCGCUGGAGUUUGUCUCCUUCAAUAUUUCCAGAAACGCCAUGCAGAGUUCAGGAAAUGGCUUCCGCUAGUGAACAAACAGAAGAAUGAGAAGGAAUCACCAUCGACGCCCGAACUCGAGCCGAUGGUUCACGACGAUUCAGGAAGUGGUUCGGGUUCUGGAAAUGCGGCUAUGGUGCAACGGACAGUUGCCAAUGAUCUCAUCAUCGAAAAAAUCAUCGGAAAGGGCAGAUUAUGGAGAAGCUCGAUCUGGGCAAGGUUCCGAGGGAGUCUUGUGGCCGUCAAGACUUUCUACACAACUGAGGAAGAUUCAUGGAACAACGAGCGGGAGAUCUACGAGACGCAAAUGCUCAAUCAUGAGAACAUACUGCAGUAUGUCGCUGCCGAUAUCUUCAGUAUGGACUCAUUUACUCAAAUGAUACUGGUUACUGAUUAUCAUCCACUUGGAUCUUUAUACGAUUACCUUCAACAGGAGCAAGCACUGACCACUCAAGAAGCACUACAACUGGCUUACAGCUCCAUCUGUGGUAUCGAGCAUCUCCACGCUUCCGUGAUCGGAACAGGAAGCCGACGAAAGCCACAAAUCGCUCACCGAGACAUCAAAUCAAAGAAUAUCAUAGUCAAGCGUCCCGGAAUGUGCUGCAUGGCCGAUUUUGGUCUGGCCGUUAGA